AAGGUUAUUGUUUAUUAAGAAAAGGUCGUUAGAUAUUACUUUUUUAUGUGUCAAUCUAAUUGAGAUGUUAUGGUACCCAUAACAUUCGAAGACAACGAGUACAUUCCAAAAUCACUCUGACUCCGGCAUCUUUACCCUUGGCCAUGAACCUCCCUUGGAUUUUUGAUUCACGCAACUCUUCCUCCGAUCCAAAAUGAAGAAAAAAAGAAGGGAGAUUCGACCCUAGUUCUUCCCCUUACAAUAACUGGAAUGAAAAGGGAAUGAAUACCAAGACGCAUCCGGGAAUAAAGGAUUGAUCUCUCUUAAUAGACCGGCUGUGAUGAACUUCGACCUCCGAUACUUUUUUUUUUUUUUUUUCUAAAAGUAAAGAAGAAGUUGCAGCAGUCUGAAGCUUGGAAGGGUGAGAGACAAUAAAAGAGUAAAAUUUAAUGGGAAUCUAAAGCCAUUAGAAAGAUGUAACAUGAAAAUGACUAGUCAUAUGCAUACAUAUAAAUUAUAAUUAAAUCCUCCCACACACACUCCUAUAAAUACUAUCUUCAUCUUCUUUCACUCCACCAAAAGCACACUACUAGCUGUUAAAAAAUGUCAAGGAGCAGUAGUAACAGUAGUAUAAUAGAGCCAUUAAUAGUGGGAAAAGUAGUAGGAGAUGUGGUUGAUAAUUUCGUUCCAAAUGUGAAAAUGAAUGUUAUUUACAAUUCCUCUAAACAAGUCGCCAAUGGCCACGAGCUUCUCCCUUGUCUUAUCUCCUCUAAACCUCGUGUUGAAGUUGCCGGUGACGACAUGAGAUCAGCUUUCACUUUGAUUAUGAUCGACCCAGAUGCUCCAAGCCCAAGUGAUCCUUAUCUGAGGGAAUACCUUCACUGGAUGGUAACGGACAUUCCUGGUACCACUGAUGCUUCUUUUGGGAAGGAGAUAAUGAGUUACGAGAGUCCAAAGCCACAUAUUGGGAUUCAUCGUUACGUGUUUGUGUUGUUCAAGCAACGAGGGAGACAGACGGUGAGAUUGUCCUCCUCCUCCUCCUCCUCCUCUUCAAGAGCCAAUUUUAAUACUAGAAACUUCUCUGAAGCCAAUGGCCUGGGCCUCCCCGUUGCCGCUGUUUAUUUCAAUGCUCAAAGAGAAACUGCCGCUAGAAGAAAAUGAACAACUAACAAUAUAAAGACCUGGGGGAUGGGUUUUUUUCCUUCUUUUUAAUUUUCUUUUUUUUUUUUGGGUCUUUCUCUCUCUCUCUCUCUCCAUUUACCUUUACUUCAGCUUUCUGGUCUUUGAGAGGUUUUUAUUUCUAUUGCAAAUAAAGUAUCCAUCUCUUUGGUUCGUC